AUGGCGCGCUGGGCCGACGUGUCGUCCACCAGCGCCACCAUCGGCCGUCAGAUGAUCACCGUGCCCUUGACCGACGACUACCCGCCGCCCGAAGAGGACGCGGCAACGAGCGACCCACUGCUCACCGUUCUCGAGGAGGCGCGGUGUCCGAUGUGCCGGACGGCGACGAGGGCGGUGAGGAGUGAGGCGUUGGAGAGGGUGUUGAUGGAGAAGUAUGCGGGGAUGUAUGGGAGGGAUGGGGACGAGGACGAGGAGAAUGAAGAGGAGGAGAGUGGAGAGGGCUACUUCACCGUCCAGGCUUACAUUAUCCUGAAGGCGGUAUACACCUGGAUCAGCGAAGACGCGCAGCCCUCGCCCGAUUGUGUUGAGAAGGGAAUGCUUCCUCUGGAAUGGAUGCUCAGCUUCGAUGGUGAGGGGAGUAUGGCCAGGUGCUGGCCAAAGUUCAAGCAUGAGGUCUUGACUGAGGAAGGCAGUGACAGCAGCUACGACGACGACAGCGAGUAUGAAGAGUGA